AUGAUGUCUUACCUCAAACAACCCCCAUACGGCAUGAAUGGGCUUGGCCUGGCUGGGCCCGCCAUGGACCUGCUGCACCCUUCCGUGGGCUAUCCUGCUACACCGAGAAAGCAGAGGCGGGAGCGCACCACCUUCACGCGCUCGCAGCUGGACGUGCUGGAGGCGCUCUUCGCCAAGACUCGCUACCCUGACAUCUUCAUGCGCGAGGAGGUGGCACUCAAGAUCAACCUGCCCGAGUCCCGAGUCCAGGUUUGGUUCAAGAACCGCCGGGCCAAAUGCCGGCAGCAACAGCAGAGCGGCAGUGGGACCAAGAGCCGCCCCGCCAAGAAGAAGUCGUCUCCGGUGCGGGAAAGUUCAGGCUCCGAAAGCAGCGGCCAGUUCACGCCACCCGCGGUGUCCAGCUCCGCCUCGUCUUCGAGCUCGGCGUCCAGCGCCUCCGCCAACCCCGCAGUCGCCGCCGCGGCGGGUCUGAGCGGGAACCCGGCGGUGGCCGUGCCGUCGUCGCUCAGUGCGCCGGCCGCCUCGUCCAUCUGGAGUCCGGCCUCCAUCUCGCCCAGUUCGGCGCCCGCGUCGGUGUCUGUGCCCGAGCCUUUGGCCGCGCCGAGCAACGCAUCUUGCAUGCAGCGCUCGGUGGCCGCUGGCGCCGCUUCAGCCGCAGCCUCGUACCCCAUGUCCUACGGCCAGGGCGGCAGCUACGGCCAGGGCUACCCAGCGCCCUCCUCCUCCUACUUCGGCGGUGUGGACUGCAGCUCCUAUCUGGCGCCCAUGCACUCGCACCACCACCCGCACCAGCUCAGCCCGAUGGCGCCCUCCUCCAUGGCGGGCCACCACCACCACCACCCGCACGCGCACCACCCCUUGAGCCAGUCGUCGGGCCACCACCAUCACCACCACCAUCACCACCACCAGGGGUACGGCGGCUCCGGGCUGGCCUUCAACUCCGCCGACUGCUUGGAUUACAAGGAGCCUGGGGCUGCUGCUGCUUCCACGGCCUGGAAACUCAAUUUCAACUCGCCCGACUGUCUGGACUAUAAGGACCAAGCUUCCUGGCGGUUCCAGGUCUUGUGA